AAGUUAUUUACCACGCCCUUCUUCCUUUGCUUGUACACCAGUAGUACUACUACUGUCAACGUUUCAUCAUGUCUGCUUAUUCUUCAGACGAGGACAAUAUCAAUGAUGUCUUUGGCUUAUCCAAACUACCUGCCAAUAAAAAACCGCGCACGUUUCAGGACAAGCUCGUGUCUGAUGCUGCGCCUCAUGUUCUCGCUGAAGACCCUCUAAAUCAAACCUCGCUGGUUACUCGGCCGACAGACACGCAGAUGAACGUAAAUAUUCCAUACAGCGACAUGAUGUUACCGCUCCAAGGUCCCGAGAAUCCAUUUGGUGAUUCAAACCGGUUCAUCAAUCAGAAUGCACUCGCGGGCCAUGUGGAAGAACAAUCUAUGUCAGACCAUGCAUUCAACGCACAGCAUCUCACGCACUCCAUCCUUGGCUACUCGGUCAAUCCCUCAAUCGAUCCAAACGCUCCCUCUAUUCUCGGUUCAGUCGAGAAAGCCCGCGAAAAUGGCUUUGCAACGAUUGAUACCCUGCGAGCGACCAGUUCCCAGAAAAAGGAGUUGAAAAGAAAGAGAAAGAACAAGGGAGAUCUUGAUGUGGUAGACGGCGAGGGCGCGUAUGUUGGACCUUGGGCUGCCUGGGACGGGGAAGAGGAGAUUGGGUUCUUGGAUGGUGUUGAGGACAUCGGUGAUCAGCCACAGGAGGAGGAAGAGCCUGAGCCGACAGUUCUAAAGAAGAAGGCAAAACCAAAGCCCGGCGCCUAUGGCCAAGAAACUUCUGUCUUCCAUGGCAAGUCUAUGACCGACUACCAGGGCCGAACGUAUAUGCAUGCACCACUGUCGGAAGCGCCUCACAUCUCCAAUGAGGCAGGCUCCCAAGAGACAUUUAUUCCGAAGACAUGUAUCCAUACCUGGACCGGCCACACGCAAGGCGUCUCGGUCAUACGAUUAUUCCCUGAAACUGGCCAUCUCCUUCUUAGCGGGUCUAUGGACACAAAAAUAAAGCUGUGGGAUGUGUAUACUCAUGGAAAUUGCUUGAGGACUUUCCAUGGUCACGUACAGGCUGUCAAGGAUGUCACAUUCUCCAAUGACGGCAGGAAAUUCCUGUCAUGCGGAUAUGACCGCCAAAUGAAACUAUGGGAUACCGAGACUGGUCAAUGUCUCAAGCGGUUCAGUAAUGGCAAGACUCCUUACGUUGUGCGUUUCCAUCCGGACGAAGACAAACAACACAUAUUCCUCGCUGGUAUGUCGGAUAAAAAGAUCAUCCAGUAUGACAUGAACUCUGGGGAGAUUACCCAGGAGUAUGACCAACACUUGGGUCCCGUCAACACUAUCACUUUCGUCGACGAGAACCGACGCUUUGUCACGACCUCGGACGACAAGACCAUUCGUGCUUGGGAUUACGAUAUCCCAGUCGUGAUCAAGUACAUCGCGGAACCUCAUAUGCACUCGAUGCCAGCAGUAACGCUUCACCCUUCAAAGAAAUACUUCGCCGCACAAUCAUUAGACAAUCAAAUUCUUAUCUACAGUACGGAUAAUUUCCGCCAAAACAGGAAGAAAAGGUUCGCAGGACACUCCGUGGCUGGGUAUGCUUGCCAAGUUGGGUUCUCCCCAGACGGCAAGUGGAUAAGCAGUGGUGAUGGUGAAGGGAACGUGGUCUUCUGGGACUGGAAGACCGGGCGUAUCAAAUCCAGGCUACAGGCACACUCCAAAGUUGUGAUUGCACAUGAGUGGCUACCACAUGAGUCGUCCAAAGUUGUAACGGCCUCGUGGGAUGGCCUGAUAAAGCUAUGGGACUGAGUAUUUUCGUACUCGCAUUGAUUGUAUUCUGUACGCAUAGUAGUCUCAUGACAUCAUAUUUUUUGCUUG